CAGCAAACAACAACAGAGCAGGAGCCGACAGAAGUCAAGGUGACGCCACAACCAAGCAUCCUGCAAGAACUCAGCAAAGUCGAGGUCGCCCCAAACCUGAUGCACCCACGACGCCUCCUCGAAGACGCCAUCCGUCACCUGGCUUCGGAAGAGCUGCGUGACGACCCACUCAUACCGCCAGGAAAAUGCAGACAGGACAUAGACAAAGGAGAAGCCUGGCCACGAGUAUUUUGUGCAUUCAAAGGAUGCAAUUGGACGACGAGCAGCGGAAGCGAAGAAGAUCUGCAUCGCCACGUCGAGGCUGAAACACACUACGAGAAGUUGAAGCCCGCAAUGGAGCACAUGCCAAAACCAAAGCCCAAAGACAUCACGAGGAGCAUCUACAACGAGGCCGUCGCCACCGUCUGCCGCAGGCAAGCCCCUCCGGCCGGCUGCUCCCGAGACCGUUCAGCACUCACAAGCUUCACGCAUGCCAUGACCAAGGACAGAAUCGAGGCGCUCAUCUGCUUCAGCUGCGCAUGCAUCCACACACGUGUGGAAGAGAUAAACGAAGCCAACAGCAUCGACUGGUACCCCAUCCUCGAACCCUUGGAUUCAAAGGAAAAAACAGAAGCAAGAACGAGGAAUCUCUACAAGAUUCUCAGCCUGCAGAAGUACCUCGACACCUACGACACCCUGGUCGGAGACAUCAAGCUCAGCUCACUCACAGAUUUCCAGGACUGGCAAGUGGACAUCCCUGGUCACGGCGCUGCACUCUGUUGCCCAGAAGAUCACCGAUGCACCGCCCAUCCAGAGCACCCCAACCUGCGCACACUAUGCGAGAAGUGCGAGGUGCCGCUGUGCAAAGAUUGCGUCCAGCACCUGAGAAAGGGACGGCUGCCGCCCCUGAGUUUGUGCAACGACAUGUGGACGGGAUUCGCCCCAGAGCGGCUCUACAAAGAAAACGUAACAGUAAUGGAAAUGAUCUGUGCCAGCCCCUGCGUAACCACCCUGAUCUGCUUCUCCAUGGAAGCGCGAUACGGAGAAGAAGAAAAAGGAACCACAGCAGCCCUGGACGCAAAGGCCCACUCUGCACUCCAUCGACUAGGAGCAAGAGGAAACGCGCUCACGUUCCCGAUGCCCUGGGAAGAACUGCUCGCAAACCUCAAAGACGCCCUGAACGCCGAAGAAGGUCCGCCGCAACUACCACGCGCAGGACAGCAGCUGGGAGAAAUCGUGAGGGUCCUUCUGAAAACGAACAAAACGCGCAAGACGACUGCCUCCGAAUUGAAGACGCUCAUUCACCAGGCCACCGUGCGCCGAGAGGUUGUCAUACAACUGAUCCUGGACAUGAAAAAGUCGGGCCAUCCAGCUUUCCAGAAGAUACAAGCAGAAACCGUGCGAAGGGCGGCCAGCAACCUCCCUGAAGAGGGCAUCCCACCGGAAGUCUUAAAAGUAAUCGAAACCAUGCAAGACAGCGACGACUGGGGAAAGCUGCAGCCACAGAAAGCCGCAACGCCCGUGGACCACCCCCACGAAGACAUGCACAAAGCCGGCGAAAUAUUUGCCAGCCAACGCGCGCAGGGCAUCUUGGCCGAAGGGCGAAGCGAAGAACGAGAAAAUCAGAACGCGGUCGCCGUCGCGGCCUUGAACAAUCUCCGAGAACAACUCACGACCCAGCCCCACAAGAAAACGGACACUCUCGAAGUCAGGACGGGCAACCAGCUCAUCGACCAAUUUCAGCCCAUGUACUUCGCCACCGCUUUCUGCUUCUGCUUCAGCCACGCCACGGCAUGCCCCGACGUGCAAGACACCCGAACACGAAAAGCAGAAGACGACCGCGACGAGAAGAGCGUCACAAACAGACGCAGUCGAGACCCCAACGCACCGUCCGUCCAGGUUCAUGCCUGGGCGGCAGCCAUGUUACGUCGUGCCGAAACGCAGUUUCGACGAGAUUGGACGUUCGGCUUCACCACCUGGAACUUCCUCUUCCGAACCAUGGUGAACCUACAGAAGAACACCUUCAUGUAUGCCACGGUCAACGAACAAGGGGACUGCCGUAAAUUCAGCAAUCUCGAAAUACUUCACGGGAUACACGAAAUACAAGACGCACUCCAUCACGGCAAGUACAUGGACCUCAGCAACCAGAUCAAACCCGUCAAAGGUGACCUGAGCAAGGUCAAGUACAGCAUCGGCUUGUCCGAAGCCGCAAAGAAGGUGCUGGACAAUUGCACGGCGCGCUGCCGCAACAUUCCGGGCACCCACGACGUCAGAAGCAUCAUGAGACAAGAAACUCACGCCAAUCGAAUUUGCUACGGGACUCCGCUCUUCGUGACCUUCUCGCCGUCCGAAAGAGACUCGGUCCUCAUGGUGCGCCUGGCGAGAGCUCGAGAAAGCGACCCUGCCAUCGCCAAUGAGGCCACCAAGGCAUUUCAGUCCAGGGACAAGCCGGACCUCAACGUGGAGUACUACAGCCUCGACCCGGAAAAAUUGCUGGCCCAGCUGCCCGCCUACGACGAGCGCCGUGCCAUGUUAGCCAAGGACCCACUGGCUUGCGCGGACAGCUUCCGCGUGCUCGUGCAACUGGCCAUGCGCCACCUGUUCGGGGUGAGAUUUUGUCCCAACUGCCCCGAAUGCGCAAUGAGCGGCAACCCUUGCACAGACGCCUUCGGCAGCAAUGCUAUGGCGUGCGGAGGAAUCUUCGGACGCGUCGACUCCGUCUAUGGCUCGAUCGAGUGUCAGAAAAGCGGAAGCCUGCACAUCCACUUCCAGGUUUUCGUGCAGAGCUUCCACCAAUUCAGGCCCAUCGCCGAACUGCAGAAGCUGAGCUCGGAAGAACAGCUCGACAUGCUGAAGCAAUACCAAAGCUACGUUGCGCACGUCUCCCGCACAGUGUACUCCGACCCAGACGAAUGGCAGCGAGUUCGCCACGAGACUGAAGCAGCCUGGCCAGCUUUCCGCAGCUCAACGCUCGCGCUCAGCCGUCCCGACUAUCAAAGCGACAGCGAGUUGUCCGCCGAGACCUGGAAACAGCUCUACCUCAACGAAGACGUCGAAAAGCUCCAGCAAUUGAAGCAGCACCACGUCCACCUUCCCAACACACCCGACGGACCUCGCAUGCCACUGCGCCACUGCAGAGACCCCAAAGACUCCACCAAGUGCAAAGCCGGCUUCCCUCGCGACAAACGACUGACGGAAAAAAGCGUCCUGAUCUGCAAGGGCCUGGCAGAAAACAUGGGCAUGCCAACCAAAGGCAAGCGCAGCGCCUUGGGCUUGCUGUGGGGGCCGUGCAACGACGCCGACCUCAACGGCACCCACCCGGCCAUGCUCGCGGCGCUGCGGUGCAACAGCGACGUCCAAGUGCCAUACCGCUUCCCCAUCACCCAGCAGUUCCACGAUCCCGCCUGCUGCAACGAGAACUGCGCAAACGGGCACGACAUCUGGGAAAUCAUGCGCCAAGCCCAAAUCAACCAGUCCGCGCAGGCCGGCUACGCCUGCGACUACCAAUGCAAGCGCCUGCCCAUCGCCAUCAACGAAGUGCACGAAUGGAACAAGAGCCAAGCCGCACAGGAGCACGACCUGACGAAGGAGCUGCAGCACAACCCCAACACCGGAUACGUCGGGGCGCGCGCCGCCAAAAGACUCGCCACAGACUGCUAUGCCCGAGGCGUGGUCCGUGGAGCCGUGGAAUGCGCCAACCUCAUCGAGCACGCCGGCCACCUCGAUCCCACCAAAGCUGAAGCGGUGAAGACGAGCCCGUGCCAGCAAAUCAACCUGCAUCACGGACUGCAGUUGCUCGAGGAAACCGCGACCGCCAACCACGCCAGACAAGAACAAGCACUGCUUUGCACAGACACCAGAAGCAGCAGCGCCCGCAAAGCCAUUCCCAAACCCGCUUUCUGGACCAUCUACGCUCAUCGGGGACGGCGACCUGAGGUGAACCCCUUGUCCGCCUACGAGUUCCUCAGAUACUACGGCGUAAAGGUGGCAACACGGCCUCACAACCUCGAGUGUCAACCAAGAGACACGGCGCGGCCCACGGAGUACCACACCUACCUCACCGAAGCCGGCUCCAAAAGAUAUGAAGCAGGAGCAUUUUGGCAGGAGCUUCAACCCGGCGUGGACUAUCGAAUACGCGAACAGGGAGAUGACGACUGGAUGCCCAUGAGCCCCAUGACGGAUGAUCCAACACUCGAACCGUUCCGACACGACUGGAUCAUCGUGCCCCGACCCAGGCCACAUGUUCCUGUAGUGUUCAAAGCCACCUACGGUCGAAGCGACGAGGAGCACGCGAAACGCCUCCUGGUUCUCUUCCGGCCCUGGAGCGGCACCGAAAGAGACGCGACCGAAGAAGCUCCGUACAUAGGCGCGCUGAAGGGUCCCGACACGACAACCUGGAGAGAGGCCCUCAUGACGUGGGCGACCCGCACGGGCUGGGCCACGGAGGAAGUCAAGCGCUUCGUCUUGAACUACGCCUUCACCUUCUGUCUACCGCGCCAACUGCAAAUAAACGACCUCCUCGGCAACAACAGCGACAACGAAGACUUGGAAGACAUCACGUAUCACUUCGAAGACGACGACUUGCAACAAGCCAAAACCACAAGGGUGCGAGGAGCCGAGGAAGAGAACGACGACGCAGAAGCUCCGGCUCCCGAGCAGUUGCAAAACGCAACAGCUGCGACGGUCGCCGUGCAGCGAUGCCAACUCACAAAAAACAUGUUUCACCUCAGCCAGAAGAUCUGGCUCUCACACGCACAAGAAAACAACCCGCUGUCCAAGAUGGCUACAACACAGCGCUCCCUGCUGCAAUCCUCGCCCGGCGUCGCGGACCCAGACAAGCUGAUCCAAGCAGCAAAAGACUCACGCAGACUACAAACACAGAGUGGACAGCAGCAGCAGACGGGCCUCCACCACCCCUACCAGCGACCCGCCGUAACCCACCAGAACAGAGUCACUGCCGAAAAACUUCACACGUGGCUACACAGCAAGAAAGUUCAGUCCACCUUAAACGAUCAACAGAAGAAAUUCAUGCAACUGAUCGUGGACAGGAUUCUGGUCGAAUACAACCUAGCACCAAGCGACGCCACCAGACUGCAAUCCGACGAGCCACUCGUCUGGCUUCUCCAUGGCGGUCCGGGCAGCGGCAAGACCCACGUCCUCAAAUGCAUGCGCAAGCUCUUCCAAGAGGUCCUCGGCUACGUCCAAGGCAUCGACUUCGAGAUCGCCGCGUUCCAGGCCACCAACGCCGCCGACAUCCGCGGAAAGACGCUCCACGCCAGUUGCGGACUCUCUAUGGGGCGCCACAGCCUCGACAAGGGCAUAACUCCAGACACCGCCAAACGCAUAGCCCUCUGGCGAUGGCUCAUCAUCGACGAAAUCGGCAUGGUCAGCGCCACGCUCCUCGCGCAGGUCGAAGCCCGCACUCGCAGCGCCACUCCGGCCGCUAGCCGUUGGAAGCACGACGCGACGGGACGAGUGAGGCCCUUCGCCGGCCUCAACGUCGUGUUCCUCGGCGAUUUCAACCAAUUGCCGCCUCCGGAAGGCGGCAGUCUCGUGGACGUACCAGCCUGCCUCAAGCCUGCAGACAGCCAAGUGCAGGUAGCUGCGGAUCCGCUGAUUCAAACAAGCCGGGAGUUCGUAUGGUGCGGAGCCUUGCAGGGCGUAACCGAACUCGUGCAAAAAGAGCGCUGCAAGGACGAAUGGUGGAACGAGGUAGUCGCCGAAAUGCGUUCGGGUCACCUCUCCGAAUCCAAUUGGAAGUACUUGCACGGCCAGCCUGUCGAAGGAUGCACUCUAAGUGCAGCCGAAAGGAAAAGCCGCAAACGAGUCAUCGACUCACCACAAGACCCACGACUGAGCGAAGACAGAUUCCUAAAAGGCACAGUCAUUGUGGCCAACAACGACGCAAAGUGUCAGAUCAACAAGGACCGAGCAACCAGCUUCGCUCAAGCCGCGAACGUUCCCAUCCGCUGGUCCGUAGCGCGAGACAAAGCCGGCACAGAAGUUCUGCAAACCCAAGCUUGUGACAAAUCCGCCAAAAUCCGCUGGCUACGAUACCACGACAUGGACACAGAGGGGCUUUUGGGCAUGCUGCCCUUGGCAGUGGGGUUGCCGGUGCACCUCACCCAGCACGUCGACCGCUCCGACAAGUGCCUUUUGAAAGGUCGCCUCGGUUACGUUCACUCCUGGGAAUGGCUGGAAAACGAACAGCAGCCGCGAGUGGUGUACGUUAAGUUCUACGAUGCAGACUGGACCUUAGACGGCAGCCGAGAGCCGGGACUCUAUCCCAUCACACCAUGGACCCGAACCUGGAAGCUCGACAAAGGAAGAAAAUGCCCCGUUUUGGGAGUGAAGAGGACGCAACUGCCAUUGAGCCCGGCCUUCGCGAUCACAGCCCAUAGCAGCCAAGGAAAAACUCUGAGUGCAGUUCUCUUGGACCUGAGCAUCGAUCGCCUCACACACACAUCAUACGGCACAGUGGCAGCCAGUCGCGUUUGCAGCCGAGAAGACCUUCUCAUAUUGCGCCCUUUUCCACUGUGGCUGUUCCAACGCGGCGCGCCAGAUGGACCUGAGCUAUUGCUCAAAAAGCUUCGUGGAGAACUCACUUUACGAGACAUUCGAGAAGCGAGGUGGCCGACCGCGCCCUGUCAGAAAUGCAAAGAAAGGAAAACCCUGGAAGCCUUCGCAGACGCGCAGUGGAAGCAGGUGCAAUCCAGAAAGCCCGCCACCUGCCUCAACUGCCAGAGCUUCCAACCAAGCGGCAAACGGAAGAAGACCACAUUCCGCCGCAUCAGAGGCAAGAAGCAGAAGUACACCUGCCGAGAUUGCGGGGUGCACAAGACCGAAGAUGCCUUCCACAGACCUCAAUUGCAUGAACAACUCUCCGACGACGAGCGCCGGUGCAUGCGAUGCAUAGAGGCAAGCACUGCGCCCUUGACGUGCGCAUGCUGUGCGAGAACCAUAGACCUGGACCAGUUCGCCGACUACAUGCGAAGCUUCCCAACACAGGCCAUCAGUUGUCGUGAAUGCCAAACCAAAUUCGAGCAGGAUCGGCGAUCGACAGAUGGCAUCUUCAAGUGUCGAUCCUGCCGCGGAUUCUUCCUCAAUGCAGCGCUCAGCAACGUCACCGAGAAGAGAUUCAAUUAUAAACAAUGCAUCAAUUGCACGGAUGGCCGCGCAGAUAGACAGCAUGGAAAGCAAACUUGCAGAAGAUGCGGGGCAAAGUGGGAAGACGAACAGACUCCUUCCAGCCAUGCAAGGAGUGACCGCGUAUGCCCGCAGUGCCGCGAAGGCGCUUGUCCAAAGCGACAAAAACAUCAAGAGUAG